UUCCUUCCAUAUCUGUGUUGAUCUUAAAGUACGUCAAAGCUAAACCGUGAGAUUGUUGAACCUGAUUGUUCCGGUUUAGAUCGGGUCAUAUAAUAAUCGCAUAGUUUUUUUAGAUUGGGAACCUCAGAACUGAGACUAAUGUUUAGGAAACGAAUCCUAGUUUUGCAAUCGCUGCGUCGUCGAGUCAAUCUCAGUAACCUCGAAACCCUAAUUUCGCGGCGCCUCUCGGUAGUAUCAUCCAAACACUCGAAUGAUGCAGAAACUGGAACGUUCUCGCUAGCUGGGGAAUUAGCGUCUCUCGUAGAGGAAUCUCCUGCUCGCCUCGAUGACGAUGUUGAUACCACCAAACCUAGAAGCCGCAUGGAGCUGAAACGAUCUCUGGAGCUUCGUCUAAAGAAAAGAGUCAAAGAGCAGUACAGUAACGGCAAGUUCAACAACCUCCUGAAGAAAGUGAUCGCGAGGCCCGAGACUCUUCGCGACGCGUACGACUGUAUCAGGCUCACCUCCAAUGUGUUAGCAGAGAGAGACGGCAAUGUCGCGUUUGCGUUUGAUUCGAUGGCGGAAGAGCUGUCUAGCGGUGCGUUUGACGUUGCUUCCAAUACCUUCUCGCUCGUGGCUAGAGAUAAAACGAAGGAGGUUCUCGUCUUGCCUAAUUUCGAUCUGAGAGUCGUUCAAGAAGCCGUUAGAAUAGUCUUGGAAGUCGUUUUCGGUCCUCAUUUCUCCAAGAUCUCGCAUAGCUGUCGAAGCGGGAGGGGGCGUGGGUCCGCGCUGAAGUAUAUCAGCGAGAGCGUGUCUCGUUCUGAUUGGUGUUUCGCUUUGAGCUUGAGCAAAGAAGUGGAUGGUUCUGUUUUCGAGAGCUUGCUCUCUGUGAUGGAGGAGAAGGUGGAGGAUGGUAGCUUAAGCGUCUUGCUCCGUUCUAUGUUUGAAGCACGUGUGCUGAAUUUUGAGUUCGGUGGGUUUCCCAAGGGUCAUGGUCUUCCGCAAGAAGGAGUGUUGUCCCGUGUGUUGAUGAAUGUUUAUCUUGAUCGGUUUGAUCGUGAGUUUUAUAGGAUCUCAAUGAGGUAUGAGGCUCUAGGUCGUGAUGAUGUAGGUGGUGGAGGACUAGGUUCGAAACUUCGGUCCUGGUUCAGGAGGAAGGCAGGAGAGCGAGAUUUGAUAAGUCCUGUGGAGAAGGACGUCGCUGUCAGAGUUUACUGUUGCAGAUUUAUGGAUGAGAUUUUUUUCUCUGUGUCUGGACCCGAGAAAGUCGCGGUUGAUAUCAGAUCCGAAGCUGUAGAUUUCUUACGGAACUCGCUGCAUUUGGACAUCACAGAUGAAAUGGGGUCGUUACCGUGUGAGACGACCGGUGGGCUUCGUGUUUUGGGUACCUUGGUGAGGAAAAACGUGAGGGAGAGUCCCGCUGUGAAAGCUGUUCACAAGUUGAAGGAGAAGGUUAGACUCGUUGCGUUGCAGAAAGAAGAGGCGUGGACCUUGGGAACAGUUAGGAUUGGGAAGAAAUGGUUAGGUCAUGGAUUGAAGAAGGUCAAGGAGUCAGAGAUCAGAGGCUUGGCAGAUAGUAACUCUACCUUGAGCCAAAUAUCUUGCCAUAGAAAGGCAGGCAUGGAAACAGAUCAUUGGUAUAAGGUCUUGCUUAGAAUCUGGAUGGAGGACGUGCUAAGAACCUCUGCAGAUAGAAGCGAGGAGUUUGUCUUGUCGAAGCAUAUUGUUGAACCCACGAUUCCUCGAGAACUGAGAGACGCGUAUAACAAGUUCCAAGCUUCUGCUGCGGCGUAUGUUUCUUCAGAGACAGCUAAAGUAGAAGCUCUUUUGCCCGGUCCACUCUCUCAAGAUAAACCUGUUUUCUUUGGUGAUGUUGUUGCUCCUACCAAUGCUAUAAGAAGGCGUCUUUUUCGCUAUGGAUUAGUAACUGCGGAGGGUUAUGCUCGUACCAACUCUAUGCUUAUAUUGCAAGAUACUGCCCAAAUAAUUGAUUGGUUCUCGGGACUUGUCCGGCGAUGGGUGAUAUGGUAUGGAGGCUGUAGUAAUUUUGAUGAGAUAAAGGCGCUUAUCGACAAUCAGGUCAGAAAGUCAUGCAUCCGGACUUUGGCAUCAAAAUAUAGAAUACACGAAAACGAAAUAGAGAAACGCCUUGAUGAAGAACUGAGCACGAUACCCUCUGCUGAAGAUAUAGAACAGGAAAUACUAGAUGAGAAACUAGUUUCUCCAGCGUUUGACAGGGAUGAACAUCUAACGUACGGCAUUGCCAAUAGUGGUUUGUGUUUAUUGUCUUUGGCUCGAAUAGUGAGCGAAUCAAGGCCUUGCAAUUGCUUUGUAGCUGGUUGCUCUAUGGCCGCACCUGCUGUUUACACUCUACAUGCAAUGGAAAGACAGAAGUUUCCUGGUUGGAAAACUGGAUUUUCUGUUUGCAUUCCCUCUAGCUUAAAUGGAAGGAGAAUAGGGCUCUGUAAGCAACACCUCAAAGACCUUUACUUAGGUCGAAUAUCACUUCAAGCUAUUGAUUUUGGAGCGUGGAGAUGAUUACUUUUCUCUCCACUACACGAGUUCUGCAAGUUUGCUGAUAUAUUCCGAGUAGCACAGUUUGAAUACCCCUCAGAGUCUAGAACCGUGGCAUUAGCUGUGCUUGUGGAAAAUGCUAGGUUUUGAACGUGACAAAUGGAGCUAGCGGAUCGAGCAGUCGGGCUUCUAUUAUCUUCAAUCAGCUUAUCCA